AUGGCUAUUUGGAAUUCUAGUGGCGCUUUCAUUUUUUCUUUUAUACAGUAUCGCAGAUCUCUUUCAAGUUCGAAGAUUCUCCAUGAGCGAGAUUACAGGGAAGAAAUCGAAAUCACCGAAAUUUUCACUGCCCCAAAAACCGCUUCGAAAACCUGCCAAAAACCCGUCGAGGACAUCAUUUUCGUCAAAACCCACAAGACCGGCUCAUCAACUCUCCAGAACAUUAUCCGAAGAUUCGGAAUGAAGAAUAAUUUGCCAAUUGCCAUGCCUGUUUCUGACGGAAAUCGCUUCGAAUACCCUUAUUUCUUCAAAACAACUUUUAUUAAAAAACUUCCGUCUGGGCAGAAACCGCGGAUUAUUGCGAAUCAUUUACGAGCGUCGAGAGAAUUGUACGAAAUUUUUCCGGAGGCGAAGAGGAUCACAAUCUUAAGGGACAUACCGUCGUUGUAUGAGAGCUCUUUCGGCUACUUCCGGUCAAUAACCACUCCCUACAGAAAAGCUCAAUCCUUGGAAGCCUUCUACUCUUCUCCCGAAAGAUUCUGGAACGCAGACGAGCCAUAUGGAAACAAAGGAAAUGAUGUUUUCGCGCGAAACCAUAUGGCCUUCGAUCUGGGCAUGCCAUGGCUCAGUGAAAACAACGAGGAAAAUAUUUUGCAAGCGCUUGAGCAAACAUUUGAUUUGGUCUUGCUGACAGAUUAUUUCAAAGAAAGCAUGGUCCUUCUCAAGAAAGAACUUUGCUGGGAGUGGGAGGAUGUCCUAUUUUUCGUCACAAACGAACGAUCAGAAAAGCAGAAACUCUCACCGGAGCUAGAAUCGAAAAUGAGAAGCUGGAAUCAUUUGGACAACGCGAUCUAUGAACAUUUCAGCAAAGUUUUCUGGCAGAAAAUUGACGACUAUGAAGGAUUUGGAGAAGAUUUGAAGAUUUUGGAGGAAAAACUUGAUGAAGUUAAAAAGACUUGUUUGGAGAAAGAAUUUAUUUGUGAGGAAAAUGACCUUCAGUGUCAGUUUUCUUACGAUCAAGUCAAGAUCAAAAAUUAUCAGUUGUCGAAAGAAGGCGAAAAACUGGAGCUUUGUCGACUUAUGGUCAUGCCAGAACUUGAAAUGUCAAUAAAGAUCUUCGAGUCCCAGUGGACCGGCUGGUACGAUCUUUAUGACGGCCAGGUUUGA